AUGAGGUUAAGCAUGAACAAUUUAUUGCCAAAGACUUUCAUCUGGCUCAACAGCAUUCACAGGCAUAUCUUUCUUGUCUGUGUGUGCAUUAAACCAACUAACACAUUAUUAUCUUUCUUUAUUUAUGUAAAACUUUAUAUAUAUUCACAUAUAAAUAAAAAAAAAGACAGAAAGAGAUGGAGAGAGAGAACAUCUGAGAAAGAACUACGCAGUAAAGACAGACAGAUAGAGACAGAAAACAAUGUGAGACAGACAAAGAGAGAGAAACACUGUGUCUCAGUCAAUCCUCAAAGAGAGAUAAGAGGAUUUAUGAUGAUUCUCAAUCAACACAUGUACAGUUUCAACAACACAUCAUGA